AUGAUUCCAUUGAAUGACAGGCUUUGGGGGCCUUUGCAAGGACACUCUUUGCCAAAAGAACAUGGUCUAUAUACAUUUGUCACAAACGGAGACCAUUGUACACAGAAAGAGAUGAAGAAUCUUAGAAAAAUGAAGUCAAUCUUUUACCUGUGUUUUUUGAUUGCUGGGAUUCAUGGUGAAAGACCUUGCCAACAGAAUUCUAGCUACAACAGCACUGAAAAUUACCACGGUGGAAACAGAAACCAAGUAGGUCCAGCAAACGAAAAUAUGCUGGGUCAUAAAGUAGAGAGAAGCAUUUGUCAGUUUGCAUUUAAUUUUUAUAAGGAGGCUUCUUCUCAGAGAAACAACAAGAAUGUGAUCUUUUCUCCCUUAAGCAUAUCCACUGCCUUUGCAAUGCUGUCCCUGGCUGCUAAAUCAGAGACACUGCAAGAGAUUUUUAGAGUGUUCCACUUUAAACCAAAUGAGAUCCAGCAAGAAGAGAUACAUGAAGGUUUCCGUCAGCUCAUGCAGUCACUAAAUCGCCAGAAUGCUAACUUCCUGCUGGAUAUGGGGAAUGUGCUGUUUGUGAAAGAGCAGCUGAAACUGCAACAGCAAUUUUUAAAUGAUAUAAAAAACUUUUACAGUGGAGAAGCUUUCCCAGAAAACUUCAAGAAUGUCAGACCAGUUCAGCAGAAGAUCAAUAAUUACAUAGAGAAAAAAACACAUGGGAAAAUUAUCAACUUACUCAAUAAUCUGGAUCCAGCUACUGAAAUUCUUCUUCUUAGUUAUGUUUACCUUAAGGCCACGUGGAAUAAAAAUUUCAAUCCAAAGUACACUAAAGAGGAUGACUUCUUUGUGGAUGGAAACACAGUUGUUAAAGUCCCUAUGAUGUUCCGGAUGGGCAUGUGCAAACGCGCCUAUGAUGCCCAGCUGUCUAGCACCGUGGUGCAAAUGGAUUAUAAGGAAGAAAGCAUUAAAGCAUAUUUUAUUCUGCCUGAUGAAGGACAAAUGAGGAAGUUGGAGAACGGCUUGUCAUGUGAAAGUCUGACUAAAUGGAGAAAAUUACUUUCAGAAAGUUCAACCAAUUUAUAUCUGCCAAGAUUCUCUGUUCAUGGAAGAUUUGACUUAAAACAAAUUCUUUAUAGACUGGGCAUCAGAAAUGUAUUCAGUAAUGAAGCUGACCUGUCUGGAAUUACUGGGCAGCCUGGGCACAAAAUUUCAGAGGCUAUCCAUCAGGCCAUGGUGAAUGUGGAUGAGAAUGGCACUGAAGCUUCAGCAGCCUCUACUAUGGAAAUAGUGCCAAUGUCUGUGCCUGUUACCAUUAUAUUCAACAGACCCUUCAAGAUGGUAGUAGUUAAAGAUGGUGCCAUACUCUUUAUGGGCAAAAUCUCAAACCCUGUAGAACAAUAG